UGCGUAGUGCCCUGAGAGUUGUCAAGGUUUUGGUUGUGGAGUAUCCGAGAGGGGAGCAAGGGCGGCUACGGUUCUACAAUGCCGAAUAAAUCAAAGAAGGAAAAGGAGUCCCCUAAAUCUGGCAAAGUGAGCAAGAGUGGAGGACAGGAGAAUGAGCAUGAGCAGAGCUCUAACAGGAAGACUAGCAACAGUGUUCCUCCCACCACUCAGCUGCUAAAGGGGAAGCAGCCAGGUUCCCAGACACCUGUCAAAAAGGACAAGAGGCAGAGUUCCUCUCGCUUCAGCUUGAGCAACAACAGGGAGCUGCAGAAACUGCCUGCUUUUAAAGAUGUUCCCCCGGCAGAGCAGGAGAAGCUGUUCAUCCAGAAGUUGCGGCAGUGCUGCGUCCUCUUCGAUUUCGUUUCGGACCCACUGAGUGAUCUGAAAUGGAAGGAGGUGAAACGGGCAGCACUGAGCGAGAUGGUGGAGUACAUCACCCACAACAGGAAUGUCAUCACAGAACCCAUUUACCCAGAAGUGGUUCACGUGUUUCUAGUGAAUAUGUUCAGGACGUUGCCGCCAUCAUCAAACCCCACGGGUGCAGAGUUUGACCCAGAGGAGGACGAGCCCACGCUAGAGGCUGCAUGGCCUCAUCUACAGCUCGUCUAUGAAUUCUUCCUCCGGUUCUUAGAGUCUCCGGACUUUCAACCAAACAUAGCCAAAAAGUAUAUUGACCAGAAGUUUGUAAUGCAGCUCUUAGAUCUGUUUGACAGUGAAGACCCAAGGGAAAGAGAUUUUUUAAAGACCACUCUACAUCGCAUCUACGGAAAGUUCCUGGGCCUGCGAGCGUACAUUAGGAAACAGAUAAAUAACAUAUUUUAUAGCUUCAUUUAUGAGACUGAACAUCAUAAUGGAAUAGCAGAAUUACUGGAAAUAUUAGGCAGCAUAAUCAAUGGAUUUGCAUUACCACUAAAAGAAGAGCACAAGAUAUUCCUUCUCAAAGUUCUACUGCCUCUACACAAAGUCAAGUCUCUCAGUGUAUAUCACCCACAGUUGGCCUACUGUGUGGUUCAGUUCUUAGAAAAGGAUAGCACCCUCACAGAACCGACCGUGAUGGCUUUGUUAAAGUAUUGGCCAAAGACCCACAGUCCAAAAGAGGUGAUGUUCCUCAAUGAGCUGGAGGAGAUCCUGGACGUCAUCGAACCCACAGAGUUUGUCAAAGUCAUGGAGCCUCUCUUCAGACAGCUGGCCAAGUGUGUGUCCAGCCCGCACUUUCAGGUGGCAGAACGGGCCCUGUACUACUGGAACAACGAGUACAUCAUGAGCCUGAUCAGCGACAAUGCCGCCAAGAUCCUGCCCAUCAUGUUCCCCUCCCUCUACCGCAACUCCAAGACCCACUGGAACAAGACGAUCCAUGGUUUGAUCUACAACGCUCUCAAACUCUUCAUGGAGAUGAACCAGAAGCUGUUUGAUGACUGCACCCAACAAUUCAGAGCUGAGAAGAGCAAAGAGAAGGCCAAAUGGAAAGAGAGAGAGGAAGCGUGGCUGAAGAUUGAGAACCUUGCAAAAUCAAACCCACAGUUUCUGAUAUACAUCGACUCUAUGGGUCCAGACGGUCCAAUAGAUAUGGAGACAGACGGGCCGCUGCUUGAUGAUGUCAACCUCCUCAAGAAAACCGUAGAAGAAGAAGCCACACAGAUUCAAAAAGAUCAGCGAAGAGAACGCCCGUUGGUGCGGAGGAAAUCAGAACUCCCCAGGGACAUCUGCACUGUCACAGCACUGGAGUUGCACAGGAGGGCUGAGGAGAUGUUGACAACGCAUGAUGGCCACUAGGAGGCCGCCCGAGAUCCACCCUAAACCAGCAGCAACAGCAUCCACAGAAGAACCACAGGCCCACAGAGGCCAGCACAACAACACAUCUCUGGUAUCUCAGUCCAGACCAGCACAAACCCAGAACUGAACUGCCCCAGCUCCACAUGACACAGAAAAUGUCUACAGUUACACAGCUUAGCCUGCUGGGCUACAUCAGGACAAAAGGUGCUGGACGGUCAAGACCGCCACAUGCACCAGGCUCUGAACUUCACCCAAGAUACUGUAGUCUUGUCAUCUCUCUUUUUCUCCCUCGUUUCUCUUUAUUUCCUAUCCUCUUAACUUGUUGUGUUUUUUUCGGCGGUACUAUGCUGCCUCCUUCUGGUCAUUUCUCUCAGGUGUUCUGUUAUUUGUGUGUGUGAGUGUGUGUGUGGGAGCGGUCUUCUCCUCUUGCCUCUUCUUUAUAGAUGUCAUGUGCUUGUUUGUAUAAUAUAAUUCCCUUCACUGAGGACAUCUUUGGUUUAACCUGUAUUUUAAAAAAAAAAAAUAUAUAUAGAAAAUAUCAGUUUUUUUCUAUAUAUUACAAAUCAGCUAUUUUCUCAUGACAUUGGAACAGGACAGGUGUUUAUAUUUUUCCCUACAUGCUAUAUUUGAAGCUAUUCUUAGCUCAGACACCCUUCCUAUCCAUGAAACAUUUCUGUUUGAAAUUGUCUUUAUUCACAGUUAAUUUGUCCAUUAGCUGUGAAGAUUUCUUGAUCAUUCUGUGAAUCAGAACAGGGCGGUCGUCUGGAUUAAAAGUGUUCAUCAAGCAGUGCUGGUUGAUUUUUAUUCCUAUUUAAAAGUCUAGCUGAAUGCCAACAUCUGUCAUUAGUUCAGUCCCUUUUCUGAAAAACAAAACAUGUUUCUUGUGUAGGCAAUAAGUUCAAACAGGUAGCAGUGAGUGUCGGCAGCUUGAAUGGUUCCAUGGUUUGUUAUUUCAAGUGUAGAUUAGUCACCUGGAUGGGUCCACGCUGUUACACGGGCCAGACAAACGGGGCAGAAAUUGUGCUGGAAUUGAUCGCUUUUUUUUCUACUCUUCUCAAGCAAGACCCUUUUAUUUAUAAAACACUUGUUGGGGGAUUAGACUGCUUAUUACAUGAGGUGUGUUUGGUUUGAAGAGGUCAAACAUGAGCCUUGCUUUUUCACAGUGCCUUUUAUAGUCUAAGGGGAAAAUUGCUCAACUGAGAAUCGAGUAGCAGCAUGAGCUAAAAUGCCAGAUCAUUGAGAAGAAAAAAAAGGAACAUUUGUUUCCAGAAACACGUCUGGGUAAUGCUCAAAAGACGGAAAGCAGAGUGGUCGCCCUAAACCCCUUCAGCAAUGAAGCACUUCCUGAAAAAACUUGAAAGAAAAUAGAAACACAACUUAAAAAAAAAAAAAAAAAAACACCUAGUAAAAGAAUUGAAAUCCUUGAUGCUGUCUGUUGUGGUGUGCGGCGGGGUCACCUCCUUUGGGUGCCUGUUGAUAAGAGCUAGCCUCCACAGGAGAGGAAAUCACCUCCCAUCGUGACUUGCCCCAUUCCCCUUUAUAUUUGUGACAUAGUUCGACCACCUCUGCCAUGACCUGCACUCUGGCUGUGAAGCCAAGUGGUUCAGUGAAAUCCUACUCCCCCCCCCCCCCCCCCCCCCCCCCUCCCGUAGGGCUUGUUCUGUGGACAUCUGUUUGAUCUGCUUCUGGAUGCUUGCGACUUCUUUUUUGUUGUUGUUGUGAUUUGAUUCUUCCUUUGCCUGUAGAAGCUCUCAUCAGUGUUUCAACUGAAUGUGCAAAUUGUAAAUAAUAAUACUACUGCUGUCAUGAUGUUCCGUUUUCGCCACGUUUGUCUUGAAGAGCAACAUUCACCGAAGGAUUUCACAAAAACCCUCAUCCCCUCCUUACCCUGGUUUUCGAUGAAAAGAAAGAGAAUGAUAACUGCAUCCUGUGAGUGUUACUUGUCACACAGGAGUGUCCCGUUGGUGACUGUUGUUCUUCUUGAAAUGGCUUUAAUAUUGGCUUCGUUGGAGCUCUCUUCAUCUUACAUAAGCUUUGUUUUCUUUGUAAAAAAAAAAAAAAUAAAAUAAAAAAAGAAGCAUUUUAGUAUCAGCUCAUACUAAAAGGCUUCAUCUAUUGUACAUAUAAAGUACUUUAAUGUUAUGUUAUAACUAUUAUUGAAUGGUAGAUUUCAUAUUUUGUACCAAAUACUCUGUGUACAGAUCACAGAGGUUAUUAGCUACUGCAGACACACUUGGUAUGUGGCACAGACUUCAAUACAUGGGACAGUCUCCAUUUAGAAAGCAACUAGAAUUUGGAUAGUUUUUUUUUUUGAUUAAUCUAUUUGUAAUCCGGCCUCUUCUCCGUUAUUUUGUUUUCCAUCUUCAGACGUGUUAAGUUUCUACAUACAUGAGCUUUUUAUGUGUGCUUUUAUCCAAAUAUCCAGUGGUGUACAUCUAUCUAUAUACAGCAAAUAAAGAGAACAUGUGAGUUUUAUAUUUUCAUCCUAAGAAAA